AUGAACGAACAGCGGUAUCCUGAAGAGCGCCCGGCUCUACUGCGAUUGAGGAAGGGCACAUCGAAUGCAGCAGGCGAUGAAAGAGUGCGCGUGGGUGGGACUCGCCUUGGCAUCUCCAGCGCUUGGGUGGUGACUAAGCUACAAACAGUUCCCGGUGGCCGGGAUUCUUUCUGCAAUGCAGACCCAGUCAAUGUCUUUUCGAAAAAGACCCGUAACAGCAUGUACAGAAUGUCGCCGCAGGAAACAAAAGGUUUCAUGCGACCAAUCAACUUGAUAUAUGCGCGGUUGCUAACUUAUUACCGGUUGAGGGACCAAAUCGGAUAUGCUUACACCGGCGACGGGAACUACUUGUCCAAACUGCAAGAGGAGCAGAUGGUGGAAGGUGAUAGAGGAAUCCAGGCUAUAAAAUUCCAACGCAGCAUUCCCCUCCCUGAGACUGCAAGGCAAGAACUAUGCGAUAUUUGCGCAAAGUUACCACCUCGACUAGUGAUGCGAGAACUUAUCGACAUUUAUUUUACCGAAGCCAAUUGGUACUUUGCCGUGCUGGAACAAUAUUAUUUCGAGAAACUUUACAAUUCUUGGUGUUCUCUCAACGAUUACUCGACAGAACAUGGCCAGGCUCCUGAUUUACCACCUGAUCUUCUGCAUUUCCCAGCACUGUUGUUCCAUGUCUUUGCUGUUUCUUUACAGUUUCUCUCGCCGGAAACGAAUUGUAGCCGUGCUCUAGGAGUGGAUAGUUUCACCGCGCGUGAUCAUCUUUCCAGCAAGUACUCCACGAGCGGAGUUGAUAUCGCUCGCAUAAUGGGAGCGCUGGACCCUACGAUAACCGCUGUGCAAAAUGAUCUUAUGAGGGCACUGUGGUUGAAAAAUUGCAGCCGUGGAAGAGAAGCAUGGCAUGCAUUAGGUAGCGCAAUCAGAAAGGCCCAAGACCUUGGCCUCCAUCAGCAGAGCAAAGUUUAUCAAACACCACGAUCUACACUGGAGGAAACCCUCACCGAGCUGUGGUAUGACGAGUACAAACGCAGGCUAUGGAUCAAGUUGUUCUCCUGGGACAGUCACAUGGCCUUCUCUUUAGGCCGACCACGCUCUAUCAAUGUCAGUGACUGUACAAUCAAUCCGCCGUUGGAUUGUGAUAUACCAGCCGACCCAUCAACUAGGAUACCAAUGACUUUAGCUCCACAUGAGCCCCCCUCAUCUUUUACGCCACAUAUUUUCCAAUACGCCAUAUGUCAGCAAGCCCAUGAAGUAAUGUCUUUGGGUGCCCACAAGAAAAAUUUCAUAGAUUAUGCCUUGAUUCAAGGCGUUCACGACAAGAUUAUAUCAUUAUUGAACAAUCUUCCACCUGUCCACCGACCGAUAAAUCCGGAUACAUCAUGGGAUGCGAGUUAUCCCAAUAUAUCCAAGCAGCGUCAGCAAAUAUCGACUGCGGCGAACUCGUUUCUCAUGGCAUUGCAUAGGCCACACGCCAAAACUCACGCCGCCAGUCGACACGCCGCAACUCAAGCAGCUCUUGCGACAUUGGAUGCGCAGGAACAACUUUUUCAUCUCAUGGCCACCAGUUAUUCCAGUAUCUACGCUCUCUGUAUUUACACCCUUGAGGCCGGCAUAUUUCUGUCUGUCACAAUUCUAGAACACCCGCCUGCAGAUAUGGAUAUACUACAUGGGAUCCUUCGUGCAAUCCGGAAAGCUAUUCAUCGCCUUGAACUAGCACAGGAGAGAGUCUCUUUAGCAGAACCGGGCUCAAGAAUCCUGAAAGCAUGCUACCAGAAAAUUCAAGCAUCUGCUCAGGCUCGACCCAGUUGGCAUGGAACUGCUGCCUAUGAGGCAAAUCCCUUUGCUGCGGCUUCGUUCAUGAGCGCGCCGUUUUCCAGUGGGGCACAAAUUGAACAAUCUCCUGAUCAGCGGUCGGAGAUCUUUGGAUAUACCUCUGGACCUGGCAUUUCAAUGUCUGACGACAUUCCGUUUGACGGCACAGCCAUGUUUGAAGAUAUCACUCAGCCUAACUUCAAUAUGGAAGCAUGGGUACGAGAAUUAGGCCAGUCUGACGACUUAGGAUGGGCAUCACUCCCGUAG